UAUUUCAAAAGGUGUUUGCUCUCUACAAGUUUUCCUUAUGAACGAACUUUCACAGCUUCUAGUUUCUGAACUGUAAUAUAGAAAAUUAAGUUUCUUGAUUUCAGAAGGUUUGGCUCGGCUUAGUCCUCAUAAGAAGUCAUUCGCUUCUUUCUCCCUUUUCUCUCAUCGACUUUUCUUCGUAUUGGAGACCUUAGUUGUAGAUGGGCGCAGGGUCUAAUGGGGCUGCGGCUGGUUCAGACGGGCCCUCCCUCCGAACUCCCGGUAGUCAGCUUUCGAAAGGGCAUAAGCGAGCAAUGUCAUAUCAAUAUGGAAGCAAUCACAACACAACUGCCCCAGAUUACAACAGCUUAACAUCUGGAGGCAGCUUAGGCAUAGACUUCCCUCCUAGUUACUACUCAGGGGGAAGUAACCCAGCAAUUAGCAGCACUUCAAACUUCCGUAACCUAACGGGAGUAGUGUCAUCAGAGGGCUUUAGCGGUUCACAACUCACUAGUAGAACUAAUGGACUGGCUCAUAGUAAUAAUAACUCUUCAAGCAAUUUAUUAUUAGACAACCAAGAUGUAACAGCCGUAGAAGAUGUAAGUCACAGGGAACAUUUGGGAGAGGAUAAAUCAUCGGAUGCUCUUUCGAUAUGCUCCCUGCCACCUUACUCAGACAUCAAAGGCCUCAUUCACGAAUCAAUAGAUAUUACGUCUGUGGAAAUAUGCGACCAAAAGCCGAAAACAAAUGUAAUGCACAACAAGCAACUACGAAACGAACUCAAAAAGACAUUCAUGGCGUUCGUGUUCCAACAACUGGCGCAAAUGUUGAUGAUCUGGACAGUUGUGAAGAGCAAUGACCGGAUGGACCUGGAGAGUCCUGUGCUGCCAGACAUCAUUCUGAGCAGGGUGCCGAUGGUGAAGCGGGCUGGCCAGUGGUCCGAGAUACUCCUGUUCGCUCUCUUCGUUGUCUUCACUACUGUCAUCCUCUUUCACAAACACAGGUUCCUUGUGUUGCGACGUGUGCUAGCAGUGACUGGGAUCUGUUUGGUGAUCAGAAGUUUUUGCGUCUGGGCAACAGUCCUUCCCCGCUCUCUGUCCUCGAUGGAGUGUGCGCCUAAGAGCAGGGACUCCUCGGAGGUGUUGCACAGGGUCUUCAUCAUGUACAUCACCAGUGGACUGAGCAUCUUCGGGGGCCACAUGUGUGGCAACUACUUCUUCAGUGGCCAUACAUGUCUCAUGACCAUCGUUCACUGCGCCUUCUACCAAUAUACCCCAGAUGUGCUGUCUCCUCUGAAACGGAUGAUCACAGUGUUGUGUGUGACUAUAGCAGCACUCAUCCUCCUCGCGCACAACCACUAUACUCUGGACAUCCUGGGCGCUUACUAUGUCGCAUCCAGGGUCUGGAUGUUCUACCACUUCCUAUCACACAACCCUCACUUCAGAAUCAGUGGCCAGCUCUCUUUCUGCUGGAGCUGGCUCGUAAACAUAUUCGAGGACGGGUCCGAAUCACAGGUGAAGAACGAGUUCCAGAGUGUGCGGGAGAUCUACCACAUGAUUUGUCAGCAGACAGAAGCUCACAACAGCCAUCACAGGCCCAAGUCAGGCAACAACAAGAAGCUACAGACAGUAUAGGCUACUAUCAAUCAACAACACUACUCUUCCCCAAUCUAACUUAAAAUAGUCUAGAUGAUUAUUGUCUCUGGACUGCCAUGCAGGUCUUGCUCGGCAAUGUGAAUCCUCCAAGCCCUCUUCGUAGAUGAUCGAGAUCGCUUGCACGACUCUAUGCUGACUGGCGAUACUCUAGUCUUGCCUUACAAAUCAUGCAACUUCACUACUACAAAUAACAGUUACUACUAUUUUGCAGAAAAAUACCAAAACUAGUUUUGUUGUGGUUUUGUUUUGAAAGCAAGAAGAAAUGAUGGAAAUACUACAUGUAAUCGCCUAUAAGGAACUGCAAUGGAAUUGUAAAUUAUGUACAAAUAAAUUAUAAAUGACGAUAACCAAUCCGAAUUUUUAUAGCAACCAAUUAUGCAAAUGGCUUCAGAAGCGCACAUAUAGAAAUGAAACGCUUUAUACUCUAUUUCUGUUCAAGUCUCUGUCGGUUAUCCUCAAAUAAGCUAUUCAGCUGAACAAUUAUGUGAAAGAAUUUACUCUGAGAGGACAGCUGACAUCAGUGAAGUUUUCGGUAUUUUUUUUUCUGUUUUUGAGUACUACCUGCAUGCUGUUUAGCCCUCAAUGAAUGUCUAAAUCCCGAGCCUUCGAGCCCCACAAGCGCUUGCUUUUCAUGCCUUAAAUAUGUUUAUUUUUGAUUUUCCUAUUCGCCUAGUGGUUGGGUUCUGUGAUCUGUUAUGAUGUCAUAUUUUGAGUAAUGCAACAAACCAACUACAGAAACAGUCGAAAUCACAGAAGCCUAAUAAUCAAAUGUGAUGGUCACUUAUAGUUUUCUACAGAACAGGUGCCGAAUGCAACUUUCGUAUAUCCCCUGACUGAAGUAAUAUCCCUUCCACUCACUUCCUUAGCCUGAAACCUCAAAGGGGGAAAAUAUUUGCAGCAAGCUGCUUAGCUCCCUUGCAACUCGAAUAUAGUUUACCGGAGAUAGUUCUUUUCUCUAAAUUGUAAUUCCGAAAAUUCACCAGCUCAAAAUACCUGCAAUUCCAUACUACAAAUUUGUCAAAUCAGUGUAUUAUUUUUAUAACGUUUUCUUUCCCUA